AUGAAAACUAUCACUAAACCUCACCUCAGCAGUGACACCCCUCUCAACAGUACCCGAAAAGUCAACAGUUUAUAUUCCGUAGUCCUACCAAAGUCAACCUCUCCUUUAUGUCGAUCCAUUUCCUCCUUCACCCGCACGCUGCUCGAGCUGAACAUCAAAUCCUCUGAAGCAUGGAGGGUUUUUCCACCUGAACAAGAUUUCCAGGCUGCAUCAAGCCUUCCCCACUCCAUUUUAAUCCGUCCUAUCAGCAAAAUUCCAGAAAGUGCCGUGAACCUCAAAAGCGAGAAGAUCCCCAUAUUGUUCCGAGUACUCUACCUCGAAGAUCUUACUGCGUCCGGUUUUCCUGGUGCCACCUUUGCCUGGCAACAUCCCUGGGAAUCAGGGUGGAACCAGUUGAUAGCUCACUUUAUUCUCAAACACUGGCGACACGCCCACCAGCAUGGGGUUUUCAAGCUAUUCUACAUUGAUCCUGUAGAAGCUUCAAAUCAAGAACUCCAUAUGGGAACUUUGCAUCGAUGGUUUCUUGGUCGCGCGGAAGGUCUUAGGUUGGGCAGGUUCUCAGGAAUUCGCGUCAAUAACAAAAAAAAAUCCGAGUUCAAAUCCAAGUUGAGAAGCCAGCUUCAGAAACACCGCCAACAAACACUCUCCACCCUAGACAUAUCCGAGGAGAACAAACUGCUGUUUGGUCCAAUAAAAUGCUCAUCUGAAACCGAAAAGCAACCAGACAAGUCACUUGUCAAAGUUCCCCUCUGGUGGAGGUCCUCCGAAUUCAACCUUCUCGCUGAAAAACUUGACAAAAUUCAUAUACACAAGAAGACAAACACCAAAGGCCCCAAAUAUGUACAAAGUUAUACGAUUGAGAAUCGCCAAUCAAGCCACACGACCCCCGCUCCUCCCACCUUCUCUGAUGUUCCAACAAAUCUUCCAAGAAACUGCUAUUCACCGGAAUACAUAAAUACACUAUCUGAUACACAAAAACGACUGCUCAACCCUAAACCUUCCAUCAACUUUGCUACACUCUUCAGUGAAAUCGAUAGAUUUGGUGAGAUCAUCUCUCUGUAUUUCACCCACUCAAGUUACUCAUCAAUAACUGAGCAGACUUGUACUCUUCAUCACCCCCCGAAGGAACACUCAGCCUAG